AUGCAAGCUCCCGUAGUGUUUAUGAACACGUCGCAAGAGCGCACGACGGGCCGUGAGGCCCAAAUUUCGAAUAUCACCGCUGCGAAGGCCGUUGCGGACGUGAUUCGUACUUGUUUGGGACCAAAAGCCAUGUUGAAGAUGCUCUUAGACCCCAUGGGCGGGCUGGUCUUGACUAAUGACGGACACGCUAUCCUGCGAGAGAUUGACGUGGCACAUCCAGCGGCAAAAUCCAUGUUGGAAUUGUCGCGGACACAGGACGAAGAAGUGGGUGACGGGACGACCACAGUGAUCAUCUUGGCAGGCGAGAUUUUGGCGCAAUGCGCACCUUACAUCAUCGAGAAGAAUAUCCAUCCGGUAGUGAUCAUUCAGGCGCUGAAAUUGGCGCUCAGCGACGCUUUGGCUGAGGUGGAACGGGUUUCAAGGCCCGUGGACGUGGAAAACACCUCUGCAAUGAUGAAACUGGUCGCUGCGGCCAUCGGAACCAAGUACGUUGCGCAAUGGAGUGAUCUGAUGUGCCAACUGGCCGUCGACGCCGUCCGUGCUGUGCGCGUGGGCGUCCCAGGCGACGUUUCUGCCCCCGUGGAAAUUGACACCAAGCGCUACGUGCGCAUUGAGAAGAUCCCAGGUGGCGACGUGACCGACUCGCGCGUCCUAAAAGGUGUUAUGCUCAACAAAGACGUGGUGCAUCCAAAAAUGGCUAGAUUUAUCGAAAACCCAAGGGUGGUGCUUCUGGACUGUCCUCUAGAGUACAAGAAGGGCGAAUCCCAAACUAACAUUGAAAUCACCCGUGAGGAAGACUGGAACCGUAUUUUGCAAAUCGAAGAAGAGCAGGUACGUCUGUUAUGCGAGCAGAUUCUGUCCGUGAACCCUACCGUGGUAAUUACAGAAAAGGGUGUUUCAGACCUUGCCCAACACUAUCUGUUGAAAGGUGGAUGCAGCGUUUUGAGACGUACUAAGAAGUCUGACAACAACCGUAUCGCCCGUGUGACCGGUGCCACGAUCGUAAACCGUGUUGAAGAUAUCAAAGAAUCCGACGUGGGCACGCAGUGUGGCACUUUCAAAGUGGAGUUGAUUGGUGAUGAAUAUUUCACUUUCUUGGACGAUUGCAAGGAUCCAAAGGCUUGCACUAUAAUCUUGCGUGGUGCUUCCAAGGAUAUUCUGAACGAGAUUGAAAGAAAUCUACAUGACGCCAUGGCUGUGGCUCGUAACGUUAUGCUUUCACCUUCGCUAUCGCCAGGUGGAGGUGCAACCGAGAUGGCAGUUUCCGUAAAACUGGCGGAAAAGGCUAAACAACUCGAGGGUAUCCAACAAUGGCCAUACCAGGCCGUGGCGGACGCAAUGGAGUGUAUCCCACGUACAUUAAUUCAGAACGCGGGUGGAAAUCCUAUAAGAGUGCUUUCGCAGCUCAGGUCCAAACACGCACAAGGCAACUCCACCGCCGGUAUCGAUGGUGAUACCGGCAAAGUCACUGACAUGGUUGAAUAUGGUGUUUGGGAGCCUGAAGUCAUCAAACAACAGAGCAUCAAAACUGCUAUCGAAAGUGCAUGUCUGCUUCUGAGAGUUGAUGAUAUUGUAAGCGGUGUAAGAAAACAGGAGUGA